AUGCCAAGUCUCAUUCCAAGAUGGAAGAAGAAACCCCCUUCCUCGUUCGAGAACCUAUCUCCCUCGGAUAGGGACUAUCUCAUCGACGUUCUCAGAGCCACCGCACCCUCUCCCCCAAGCAACAAUAAUCGCGCUGAAGAAAAGCGCUCGCAUAGACCGGCACGGGGCAGCCUCCUACCAAAACAACCCUCAACGGCAGAACCUAACCCUCCAACCCCAGAUACUGGCUCAAUUUCCUCCUCCCCCCAGCAGACGCAGAAACAACCCCGAUCUAUACCCCUACAGACCAUUCAGCAAACGCCAACGCAAACACGAACGCAACCGCAGCCCCAGCCUCAACCACAACAACAACCCUCGGACGAACCCACCCUCCAGCAAUUCCUCCAAGCGGCCACCGAUAUCCUCAAAACCUGGGAAUCCCCCGAUCCAUCAGCGCCUUCUUCUUCACCCCCAAUCUCCAACCUAGACAAGCAGAUUCUUGCCCGCAAGUUCUCUAUCGGAGUGAGCUCCUGCAUGAAAGACUACGCGGACAAGACUCGGCCUGUGACUGGGUCAUCGCGGGGCCAUAUCCAUCGUGUGCUGGAGCAAUGCGUGCUUGUGAAGCGCAAGUUGAGGGAGAUAGAGUUUGCGCUGAGAGAGAGGGAUGGGGGGGAGGUUCUCAGUGAGGUGACGAGGCAGACUGUGGGGGAUACUUGGCGAGUGAUGGUUAGUCUUGGGAAGGAUAGUUGGAUUGAUGUUGAUUAUGCUUUGAGGAAUUGA